GGGUGGGGUUGUGGUUCGUGCAAAUAACUCCGAACCAUGUAAUUUUUACUGACACACAAUGCGCCCGUAUAUGAACUCAUGAGCCAACAAACCAGGGAUAAGUUGUGUUGACUUAAGAACGUAGACAUGGAUCCAGAAUAUGUGAAGCAGAUAACUGAGGUAGUUUCAGUGCCAAUGAAACCAGAUAAUAACGAGUUUGACUCGUAUGAGUACGAGAAUGUUUACCUGCACACAGACAUUUUGAAAAGUACUAUGGAGGAUUUGAAGACGCUGCACAUCAGAGAGGACGAUGUCUUCGUCGUAUCAUUUCCUAAAACAGGAACGACGUGGACGCAAGAGAUUGUUUCUGCUGUACUACAUGACGGUGAUAUAGAGCGAGUAAACCAACUCCAUACGAUGAUAAGGGUGCCAUUUCUGGAAAUGAGCUUCGGCAUUGAUCUUGAAAAUAGUCCCAAAACACAUAAAAUAAUAGAGCUGAUGAAUUCACCUCGUCUUAUCAAGUCCCACCUCCCGGGUCAACUCUUGCCUCCUCAAGUGUGGGAGAAGAAGGCCAAGAUUAUCUACGUCAUCAGGAAUCCCAAAGACAUGAUUGUGUCCUAUUUCAAGUUCGCCAAAAUGCUUAGUCCGAGGAAGAAUAUUGAUCUUGAUGUCACAUUCGAGAAGUGUAUGGAUGGCACAAAUCCUUACGGCAAGUGGUGGGAGCACUAUCUAUACUUUUGGCAGAGACGAAACGAAGACCAUGUCUUAUUUAUUCGGUUUGAAGACAUGAAGAAGGAUCUUCGCGGGACGGUAAAACGAAUCAGCGAGUUUCUUGAGAAAUCCUUCUCCGAUGAAAUCCUAGACGCCAUCACCGAUCACUGCACCUUCGAGAACAUGAAGAAGAACCCCAUGACCAAUCCGGACACCCUUUUGAAAGCGAUCAUUGAUAUCAACGAAGGUGAAUCGUUCAUGAGAAAAGGUACCGUUGGUGGCUGGAAGGGGGAGCUGUCGCAAUCUCAAUGCGAUACUUUAGAAACACUUUGCAAGGAGUGUUUUGACGGGACCGGCCUUUCAUUUACCUGAUCUCCGAAUCGUUCUAUUAUCACCACACUCACCACACACAAAUAGUUGUAAUUUGGAUACAUUUAAUAGUAUUAGUUGGACUUAGAUUUAAUUAUGACAUGAUUCUAGAUUCAGAUAAGGAAUUAUACUUUUUUAUGCGUAUAACAAACCUGUGACAAUUUGAUUAAUAAUGGGGAAAACACCCUUGUCACACGAAGGUAUGUGCUUUCAGA